AUAAAACGGUGAUGGUGUAUGCAAUGAGUUGCUGCCUGGUAUGCUCAACUCGCCAGAAUCCCAACUGCAACUCCUCCAACGCUUCACCAAACACCCCAACCAAAUCAAACAACUCCAUUCCCUCCUCCUCACCACCGGCAACCUCCUCCCCAACCCAACAAACACUUCCUCAAAUCAUCUCAAAUGGCACCCCACCCUCCUCUUCAACGCCUUGAUCCGAGCCUACCUCAACCUCGGCCAACCCCGCACCACCCUCCUCCUCUUCACCCACAUGCUCGCCCACCGAUCCCCGCCCAACGCCCUCACCUUCCCUCCACUCGUCAAAGCGGCCGCCGCUUCCUCGCCCUCCCCGGCUUCCAACUUGGGCAAGCCCCUCCACGCCCAGGCGAUCAAGCGAGGCGCAUCGCGCGACCCGUUUGUGCAGACAUCAUUUCUCAACCUGUACGCGCGACUCGGUAGCGUUUCGGAUGCCCAUGGCCUGUUCGAAGAAAUGCCCGAACCGUGCAUUGUCGCCUGCAACGCGAUGCUCGAUGCGCUCGGCAGGAACGGGGAUAUGGGGUCGGCUCUCGGGCUGUUUCGGCGCAUGGCAGUGAGAGAUGUUGUUUCGUGGACGACCGUGAUUAAUGGGUACGCGAGGAACGGAUGCUUUGCAAAGGCAAUUCUGUAUUUCGAGAAGAUGAUGGCGCGCGAGGAUUCAGCUGGGGGUGUUGUCAAACCCAAUGAAGCUACGUUUGUUAGUGUGCUUUCUUCAUGUUCUAAUUGUAAUGGAGGAGGAGCCCUGUACCAAGGGAAGCAAGUUCAUGGGUACAUCAUUAAGAAUGAGGUGGAAUUAACUGUUUUCAUGGGAACAGCGUUGAUAGACUUGUAUGGGAAAAUGGGUUGUUUAGGAUAUGCUGUAGAAGUUUUUAGUAGAAUGGCUGCUAAAGGGGUGUGCACUUGGAACACAAUGAUCUCUUCGCUAGCUUUAAAUGGUAUGGAGAAGCAGGCGGUAGACAUGUUCGAAAUGAUGAGGACAGAAGGCUUGCACCCCAAUGAGGUUACGUUUGUAGCAGUUCUCAGUGCUUGUGCUCGUGCAGAGCUUGUUGACUUGGGUUUGGAAUUAUUUCGAUCAAUGCCGCACGACUUUGGCAUUGUUCCGAGUAUGGAGCACUAUGGUUGUGUAGUUGAUCUUUUGGGAAAAGCUGGGCUUCUGAGAGAAGCUGCUGGUUUUAUAAGCACAAUGCCUUUCGAACCCGAUGCCUCUGUCAUGGGGGCUCUUCUGGGUGCUUGUAAGGUUCAUGGCUCAACGGAGUUGGCUAAUAAAUUGGCAAGAUGGCCGCUCAAAUCGCGACCGCAACAUUGUGGCCAGUAUGUGCUGCUGUCGACCAUUUAUGCUGGAGCUGAGAUGUGGGACCACGCUGUUGCGUUGAGGAAAGCAAUGGCGGACGAUGGAAUUCAGAAGAUUCCAGCUUAUAGUAUGAUCGACUAGGUUUUUCAAAAUGGUAGGAUUGAUGAAGAAAUGAUGUCAGGAUUUGUUUUCGAAUUCCUAGGGUGGUUUGCUUGACUCACUGACAGGGGGCGGACACAAAGGGUGCGGGGGAUGGCCGGGUCUCUGCACAAGUCUAAAAACUCCCACUAAUUAUCUUAGUUUGUGAUGUUAAUUUGGAAAAGUUCUAUAGGAUCAGCCCUGCAAGUCUCUCGAGUAAAAUAAAAGUUCUUAAGUUUCUAUAUAUGUGUGAAAUUCCCUAAAAUCUCAAAUUAUCAACCAUUUUUUGGCUGUGGGUACAAUAUCAAAUGGCGGUUACGU